CAAACCGCCCCCCCCACUUUUCUCAUUCAGCUUCAGAAUCCUGAUCUGUAAAGCAGCUCUCAUCCUGGCUAACCCUGUCACCACUUCUCUAAUCUGUCCACCCUGACCUUCCACCCUCAAUAGAAUAAGAGCUUAGGCAGGCGUAGGGACUGUAAGCCGAUAGUGCCUCUGGCUCCACGUGAAUGAAAGGAAAGGAAAUUGUUCCAUAUGCAUUUACUGUGGAUUAGUCUAUUGGCUUACUGUUGUGGAGAAAGCCUGUUAGAGUCCUUGGGUCCUGCACGUACAUGGGAAUUACCUGGCUUUUUAUAUCAGAGCAGGAACGGAUGCAGGGGUCUGUAAAUUGAAUCGUGUAAGUGCUGAAGAAGGAGUCUUGGUUUGAAGAAACAGGAAAGAGGAAGGAAAGAGAGAAAGAAAAUACAGAAGUGUAGGAACGAGCGAGAGAAGAAAAACGGGGACUAUGGGGAGAAAAAAGAUUCAGAUCACGAGGAUUAUGGAUGAACGUAACAGGCAGGUGACAUUUACGAAGAGGAAAUUUGGGUUAAUGAAGAAGGCUUACGAACUGAGUGUUCUGUGUGACUGUGAGAUUGCUCUAAUCAUCUUCAACAGCACCAACAAACUGUUCCAGUAUGCCAGCACUGACAUGGAUAAGGUGUUGCUGAAGUAUACAGAGUACAAUGAGCCACACGAGAGUCGAACGAAUUCAGAUAUUGUUGAGACGUUGAGAAAGAAAGGACUUAAUGGCUGUGACAGUCCAGACCCCGAUGCAGACGAUUCAGCAUUGAACAAGAAAGAAAACAAAGGCUGUGAAAGCCCUGAUCCCGACUCCUCUUAUGCCCUCACCCCACGCACUGAAGAAAAAUACAAAAAAAUUAAUGAAGAGUUUGAUAAUAUGAUCAAGAGCCAUAAAAUUCCUGCUGUUCCACCACCUAACUUUGAGAUGCCAGUUUCGAUCCCAGUGUCCAACCACAACAGUUUGGUCUACAGCAACCCAGUAAGCUCACUGGGCAACCCCAACCUUUUGCCUCUGGCCCACCCUUCCUUGCAGCGGAAUAGCAUGUCUCCUGGAGUGACACACCGGCCACCAAGUGCAGGUAACACAGGUGGCCUGAUGGGUGGGGACCUCACAACGGGUGCAGGCACCAGUGCAGGGAAUGGCUACGGCAACCCCCGAAACUCACCAGGUCUGCUGGUCUCGCCUGGCAACUUGAACAAGAAUAUGCAAGCAAAAUCUCCUCCUCCUAUGAACCUGGGAAUGAACAACCGUAAACCAGAUCUGCGUGUACUGAUUCCACCAGGCAGCAAGAACGCAAUGCCCUCUGUGAAUCAGAGGAUAAAUAACUCUCAAUCUGCUCAGUCAUUGGCUACCCCAGUGGUUUCCGUGGCAACUCCUACUUUGCCAGGGCAAGGGAUGGGAGGAUACCCAUCAGCCAUUUCAACAACAUAUGGUACCGAAUACUCACUAAGUAGCGCCGAUUUGUCAUCGCUCUCUGGGUUUAACACAGCCAGUGCUCUCCACCUGGGCUCAGUAACUGGCUGGCAACAACAACAUCUACAUAACAUGCCACCAUCUGCCCUCAGUCAGCUGGGAGCUUGCACUAGCACUCAUUUAUCUCAGAAUACAAAUCUCUCCCUGCCUUCUACUCAAAGCCUCAACAUCAAGUCAGAACCUGUUUCUCCUCCUAGAGACCGUACCACCACACCAUCGAGAUACCCACAGCACACGCGCCACGAGGCGGGAAGAUCCCCUGUUGACAGCUUGAGCAGCUGUAGUAGUUCAUAUGAUGGAAGCGACAGAGAGGAUCACCGGAACGAAUUCCACUCUCCCAUUGGACUCACCAGACCGUCGCCGGACGAACGGGAAAGUCCCUCUGUGAAGCGCAUGCGGCUCUCUGAAGGAUGGGCAACAUGAUAGCAUUAUUAGCUAUUAGGGUUUUUUUCCUUGCAGUGUGUGUGUGUGUGUGUGUGUGUGCUAUACCUUAAUGGGAAAUAGGGAGGGGGGGUCGAUAUGCAUUCUAUGUGCUGUGUGUUGGGGGGGAAGUCAGGUACUCUGUUUUGUAAAAGUACUUUUAAAUUGCCUCAGUGAUACCAUAUUAAAGAUAAACAGCAACGGCUGAGAUAAGCUUCGCACUUGAAUUGUACAACAGAACACUUGUACAAAAUAGGUUUUAAAGUUAACUUCUUUUCACUGUUGUGCUCCCUUGCAAAAUGUAUGUUACAAUAGGUAGUGUCAUGUUGCAGGUUCAACGUUAUUUACAUGUAAAUAGACAAAAAAAUUAAUAAAAGGAAACAUUUGCCCGGUG